CGCCUCCCCCUCCAAACGUUGUUUGACAUACCCAUCGUUGUAGGCUUCGCCUCUGGAUGUUUCUUUUUUUUAAAAGGCAGGCUCAAAGCCACAGAUUAUACAUUUUGCUCUCAACCCGUGCGGGUUAAAUAACCUACAGAGGGAGCGACAGUUGGAAUCAGGCUUUCCAUCUCUCAUUUGGAGACAAUCAGCUCGCGCGUAAAAACCAUCGCUGAAGGCAGAGAUCCGUGGUGUCUGGAUAUUUUGUUCUCUUUUUCGAAUUAAUUUGCGACUGCAGGGUUGGGGGACAGCGCAGGGGAAGCAGCAGAGUGACUGUCUUUGUGGAUUGCGAGCAUUGGAUACGCUGUCAUUUUGGGACUUGAGCGCGCAAGGCACCUGUGGAUGCAACACCCCCCUCCUCCUUUGGACUCCAAUCUUUUUUGCAAAAAAAGGAUUCAGCACGAGAUAUAGUUGAUACUCGUUGCGGUUUCAAUCAAACAGCCUGCAGUUCAGACAAGAAGCGCGCCAUGCUGUUGAGCGUUUCCUUCCUCAUGGUCCCCCUGCUCAGCAUUACCGGCUGCGGCUCGUCGUACGUGCCGUGCCAGCCGUGCGACCAGAAGGCCCAGUCCAUGUGUCCGCCGGUGCCGGUGGGCUGUCACCUGGUGAAGGAGCCCGGCUGCGGCUGCUGCCUGACGUGCGCGCUGGAAGAGGGCCAGCCGUGCGGCGUGUACACCGGGCCGUGCACGCGCGGGCUUCGCUGCCUGCCCAAGAACGGCGAGGAGAAGCCGCUGCACGCACUCCUGCACGGCCGGGGCGUAUGCAGGAACGAGAAGUUGUAUAAACUGAUGCAUACGUUGAAAGAUGGAGAAUCCCACGAUGACGCAGUGCUACCCGUCCCAGAGUCCAUGCAGCCCCAAACCAAGGCGCCUUUGUAUGGAAGAGACCACAUCGGCAGCCGGAAGGCCCAUGCCAUGAAGCAGGCCAAAGACCGCAAGAAGCAGCUGGCCCGGCUGGGACCCGCCAGCAACCUGAACUUCUCCCCGAUCAGCCCGGAUAAACUGGAGCCUGAGUUCGGCCCCUGUGGGAGAAGACUGGAUAAUCUCAUUCAGAGCAUGAAGGACACUUCCAGGGUCUUGGCUCUCUCUCUGUACAUCCCCAACUGUGACAAGAAGGGCUUCUUCAAGCGCAAACAGUGCAAGCCGUCUCGUGGUCGGAGGAGGGGGAUCUGCUGGUGCGUCGAUCGCUUUGGCGCGAAAAUCCCCGGCAUCAACUACGCCGGAGGAGACCUGCAGUGCAAAGAACUCGACAGCAGCAGCAACAGCAACGAAUGAGAGGGAAAGAGUCGCCUCUUCUUAAACCUGCCAAUCAA